GACGCUGUGGCCCCCAGGUCGCGCUCGGGUCACAGAGAAACAGAACGGCUGGAAUCCUUUCGCGCCAAGCUCGGACACUUAGCCCGCUGGAGUCGCUCUUUAUCAACCGAGAUGCGUACCUCGCCAGUCCUCCCGGGCCGGAAGGCCCCCCAAGCAGGGGAGGGUGGCUGCUGACGGAAACCGCCUGGUCUUUCACCUGACAGGUUGCCUCGAGGUUCCUGUGACUUAGAUCCUAAUUCAGAGAUGGAAGUACCAGGCUCAUCUUCCACCAUCUCUGAGGACCAGACUCGGAGGCAAGAGGAGCUGAGCGACACUAGAACAGACUCAGUCAAGCAGAGUCUCAUCUCAUCUGAGGAGUGGCUUCAACUGCAUGGGCUUAAGAGCAACAAAUUGACCUUGAAACAGAUUUUGUCACAGAUUGGAUUCCCACAUUGUGAAGAUUAUGUGAUGUCUCUGGGGAGACUUGUGGCUUCCCGGUAUGCAAACGGCCUAUUUCCACAGAUCUACACGACAGAAGAUGGCAGAGUGUACAAUCUGACAGCCAAAUCAGAACUGAUCUCUCAGUAUAUGGAACGUUUAACACAAGCUGUGGAGAGCUGCAAGCAGCGGAUGGACUGGCUCACCAGCAACAGCCGGCAGAUCUUUGGUGUCAUCUUGGAGCAGUGCAUCGCCAUAGUGCUGGAUUUGGGCGGCAUGCUGGAGGAGGAGCUUAGUCUGUGCCGAGACGCCCUCACCAUGGUCCUUCAGGAGCAAGUGGCUCACGCAGCCAAGUUCAAUAUCAUUCGGGUUUCUCAAGAGCCUGUGAAAUGGCAGGAAAACGCUGUUCCUGUGACAGCACCAUCCAUAGCCGCUGCCAUCAGCUGGGUCGAGAAGUUGUCUUUUGAGCUGGCUUCAAGUCACACUAGCUGCCUGGAUGCUCUGCUGGAGGCGGGGAAAGAUGAAGUGAUUGAAUCCAUUUACUACUUUGUGGUGGGAGAUGUUCCCGAGGAAUCCAAGGAGCUUCUCCUUCAGCAGGCUUUGGAGAUCCCCUGUCCUGUCUGCACGGUGUCCUUCAAUGCCAGAGGACAGGGCACCAUAGCCUUCCUGAAGGAUUUGAGUGCCAAGACCUUCAGCAGGAGCUGGGGUCAGAGAAGAUGUGUUUCUCAUCUGGAGGGAGAUGGAGGAAGCUGGCAGCACACUGGCCCAGAUCCGGAGGCUGGUGGCCGAGACUCCCAAGACCAGCGUGGCCACAACAGACCAUGGUGGGUGCUGUUGACAGGCGCGAGUGUGAAAGAGUCACUACUGAGUUGUAACUGCUACCGAUUGGGGAUUGGGACUGUUUCCAUGUUCCUUACCAAGGAGGGCUCCUUAGUCCAGCUGGCCGGAGCUCCUGAGGGGACUCUCCAGAGCUCUGUUGUGUGUGUGUCUGUGUAUGCAUGCACAUAUGUGUGUCUGUUGGUUGUCAAAGCAAAACCAGAGAUGGACAGCCAAAUGGUUAAAAAAAAACAAGGUUCUAUUCAGGGACUAUUGCAAGAAGGGAAAAGAGUCCUCAGUAUGGAAGUGGAAUCAGUUAUUAAUAAACAUGAGCAAGUGGGGAUUUGCACCCAAGGAGCAGGGUGGAGGGUUGCUGGAUGGAAAAUUACUGAGAAGAAACAUCAGGUAUCGAAGGGGGUUUCUGGCUAAACCUAUCUGACCGGAUUCUUGCUGAAAGUAGGUUGAGGUGAUCAGACAUCACCUGGGCGACAAUUGGGUAUGAGGAAUUUUUCUCAGCUAUGGAGAGUGAGGUAUUCUGGAUAAACUAUCUUAGCAGGAUUUUUGCUGAAAUUGGGCGAUGCAAAGACAAACAUAGAAGACCAUGGGUCAAGAGCCAGCUGAAAAUAGAAUUCAGAGGAGCCUGAGUUUGGAGUGAGAAAUAUGGUUGUAAAUACCAGUUCCAUCAUUAGAUUAACCUGACUGCCUCUUUGAACCUUUGGUUAUUCAUCUGUUGAAUAAUUAUAAUACUGGUCUUGAGAAAUUCUUGUAAAAAUUAAGAUAAAUAAUGCAUGCUUUGCACCAAGGAGGUUCUUGGUAACUGUUAGCUCAGUCUUUCCUCUUUCACAUUUAGGGCAAUAAGUAUACUGAUUCUCGUCCCUGAAUUCUUGAGUUAGUAAAGGAUUUUCCUCUGUAGUCACUAGUUUCAUUUAGGGCACAGCUAGUAAUGAUAGUAGUUAGUACAUACCUUAAAUGUUAGGCACUGUUCUGAGUUCUUCAUAGGUAUUAGCUCAUUUCAUCGUUGCUACAAUCUUAUAAGAUAGAUGCUGCUAUUAUCUCCAUUUAAGGCUAAAUAACUUGCCCAAGGCCAUGCUAGAACUAAUGAAGCCGGUAUUCAAAACCGAGUUCCUCAUUAAAAAUAGUGAUGUCUGGCUCCAAACACAGACAUUCUGAUUUAAUCCAUAAAAGAUGAAAUCUGGACACUGGGAGUUUUUUUCUCUCUCAGUCUGGACAUUGGGAGUUUUGAGAGCUCCCCAGGCAAUGCUGUUGUGCAACAAAAUCUGGGAACCUCUGCCAUGCUAUCUUGCUCCUGGUACCCUGCCUAUGUUACAGAGGCAUCUGUGAGGGAAGAGAGCACGGAGGCCAGGCCGGCUGGGGGCACAGAUGCAGCCGAAGAGGAGAA